GAAGAAAGAGCGGUGCAAUUUACUCAGUAGUAUUCAGGAUUCUCCUGACUAGAGCGGAGACAGGAAACCGAACCUUGAUCCUAGUUUUCAUUUAAACACACGAUGCAGUGAUUCAUCAUCUCGUCCGAGUGUUGUUAUAAAUAUAAAGAUAUUUAAAAUGCGAGCAAGGAACUAGGAGUGAAUAUGUGGAACGACCGAGAUCUUGAGGAACAAUAUGUUCCAGAUCAUUUAAUAAACCAUCAUAUAAAUAUUAAACCCAGAGAGAACGGGUUGGAUCACCGGCACGUAAUCUCCAGCUCAUACGACCACAUGGAGUCAAACCACCUGAUGUCACACCACGGAGAUAUCAUAGAUCCCAUGCUAUCUCAUAUUGGAGAUCAGGAAACCAUGCUGAUGAGUGGUCCUAUAUCCAGUACUGAGACUAAUCAGGAAGAUAUAAAACUCCCGUCCCGCAGGGAGAAAACAAGUUUACUCCGGAUGUAUGCUAAGAAGCUGGGAUUGAAUGAUCGAGGCUGCUACAUUGCCAUCGCCCUCUCCAUCUUCGUGUUCUUCCUUCUCAUUAUUAUCAUAGCGCUCCUCGUCAGCUGGCCAGCCUCACAUCUGCGGUAUACUGGACCCUUGGAGUUCUGUAAUACUCCAGCCUGCCUGGAGUCUGCAGCUCACCUGGUGGAGUUCAGGAAUACCUCUAUACAACCCUGUAGAGAUAUGUACACAUACGCCUGCGGGGGGUGGGAACAAUCCAGGAGAAUUCCUGAAGGACGUAGUAGUUGGAGUUUACUCCAGGAGAUGGAAGAACGGACAAGCAGGGAGAAAAGUAGGAUUGUCUCAAUGUUCAGCCAUAAGCCUAGUCAGUAUGACAGUAUAGAGUGGAAGGUUCAGCACUUCUAUGAGAGCUGUAAAUCUCUAGACUAUAUAGAGUCGGACAAGGAGAAACCUCUGAUUAAGAUUGUGAAUAAUCUCGGAGGUUGGGACGUUCUCAGAACUUUUAAUCUCUACAAUUGGGAUCCUCACAGGGUACUAAGAGAACUGCACUCGGAGUACAUGGUUAAUGCAUUCUUUCAAGUUGACGUAGUUCCUGAUUUCCGAGUUCCUGGACAAAAUAUCAUCAGGAUAUCUCCGGCAGGGUUGGGUUUACCAGAGAAAACGUUCUAUCAGAGAUUUCCAAAUGAUUCUUCAAUUCAGGCUUAUCAGACCUUCAUGAAAGAUUCUGCCCAACUGUUCGGAGCUCCGAGCAACGAAGCUUACAAGUUCGCCAUCGAUAUCUUCAAUUUCGAGAAGAGAAUUGCAGAGAUUACUCCGGGUUUGGAUUAUCUAAAUGAUCCGAUGAAAAUAAACAAUAAGAUGAAGGUGAAAGAGUUAAGAACCAUGUCUAUAAAUAUACCAUGGGUUGAGGUGCUGAAAGCUUGUUUCCCUAGCGCUAAAAUCUCCGAAAACACUGACGUCAUCGUCGUCUCCCCACAGUACGCUGCUGAUAUAGCGGUCAUCAUGUCUACGACGGACCGGGCCAGCCUAAACAACUACCUGAUCUGGCAGCUGGUACACACGUACAUGCCGUAUCUCAGUAGUACAUAUACGGAGGUGAUGAACAUGUACUUGAAGUUCCAGACAGGAGCACAGAAACCUUUACAGAGAUGGGAGUUCUGCUAUGAUGUCACGCAGAAGUUCUUCGGGCAUCUCAUGGACUCUAUAUACUACGAAACCCAGGGAAUGACGGAUGAAAGAGAGGUUGCAGUUCACAGGAUGUUCUCCAGGAUCAGGGAUACAGUGGGACACAAGGUGUCAGGCAGUAGAGAGUUUGAUUACUUAACCCGGCAGAACGCUAUCGACAAGCUACACUCCAUGAGUAUUCAGGUUGGAACUCCGGAUAUACUCAGAGACAGGAGGUUUCUAAAGAUUAUGUUUAAAGACAUGUCUGUUCAAAACGAAGACUUUUUUCAAAACAUUCAGUACGGGAUGCAUUUCUUGAGAAAAAGACAGGAGCAUUCUCUUCUCUCACCCGGAGAAGAAACUCGGUGGUUAUCCAACCUGUUGGAGAAGAAGGUUACCUAUUCUCCAUCAGCUAACAAGGUUGUUAUACCUGAAUAUCUUCUCUCCGAACCUUUAUUCCAUCCCAGGUAUCCAUCCAACGUAAACCUUGGAGGGUUGGGCGUCAUGAUAGCUGAAGCAGUGAUCACUGGAGUUGCUGGAACAGGAAGUGUAUUUACUCCAACAGGACGGAUUUUAGACGGAUCUUACACUGGAAAUUUUUCCCUGAGCAGGACGGAGGAAGCAAAUAAACCCUUGCUCCGGAUAGCUGGCUGUCUGUCUAACCGAUGGACAGGGUUGGGUUUAGAUACUCCAGAUCAACUGGAGAAAUGUGCAGUUUCUAGUGCUAUCAGCGUUGCUGGAUUAGAAGCUGCAUAUGGAGCUCUAACUGAAUCCUUGCUAGUCGAAGGAGGGGAGCUACUCCCGGCUCUAGAAACACUGGAUCCUCAGUCAGUCUUUAUUCUACAGUAUUCACAGACAUUUUGCUCCUUGAGCUCCUUACAGCAGAGGGAUCUUGAUAGGACACUAAACCAUGAGCUGCUAGGACGGGAGAAGUUAAAAGGUGUUCUCUCUCAGUUCUCUGAGUUCGCCCAUUUUUAUUUCUGCUCGGAAUCAAGUGAUGAAAGUUGUGGUUCCGUUUUUUAAACUUGAAUAUAGGAAAAAAGACAAGGUUCAGGUUUCCGCAGAUAAGAGAGGGAUGAGAGUAAUCUUUAAUCCAUCUCUCCAUGGUGCAAAUUCUUCAUUACCAAGGAUCAUUCAUUCAGAACUCAACCAGAUUUAUCUCUACAUAUAUCAUUCUCUUAUUUCAAGUUAGAAAAAUGUAUAAAAUUAUUAAAAACAUUGUUUGUCUUGAGAAUAUCGGAGUUGUCUAAAUUAGAAAAAAAAACAUUUAACGACAUAAGUAAAAGUUUUUAGUUAAUUACUUUGAGUUAUUGGUUGAAGGCAACACUGAUUUUUGAUAUGAGCGAAAUUUCAUAAAUUCUCUUUUAUUUCUCCUUGUUUUAUUUAACGGAAUGGCUUUUUCUGCAUUAAAUACCUGCAUCAAAGACAUAGAAUUGCAUUAAAAAGCUUAUGGUAGAAAUAAUGCAUUGUUUGGGGCCUCCAUGUGCCAUACCUACCCUACCCAGUGCAGUGUACAGUGUGCAUAUAUGCUCAUAUCAUGAGAAACCAGCAAUAACAUUUUUCAUAAUAUUGUAUUCAACAGAACCUAGUAGAAAACUUCGAUCUCUAACAUUUUACCUAAAAUUAUAUUUGAUACCAUUGAACUCAAAACCAAAAGAAUACACGGAUCCCACACGAAAUCCAGUCGAUUAUUGUUUUUCAAUUAAAUACUAAUAGUUACAUAGAAUAUGAAUGUAAGAAGAAAGACCGAAUAAAUUCACUACAGUCGU